UGAUGGUCACAUGGUCAUAAAUGUUGAAUCCCAUGGACGUUGGCAGUGUCAAUUUUGCUAAAGAGCCUUCCCUACCCGCAUGACAAAGCAGAGCGCCGCACUGUGAUCAAAAUGCAGGUUGAAGGAACGACUUUGCAGGACUUGCUCCGCAGACCACCAGCAGAUGUGGCGCAGUGGGUUGUGCAGCAGGCCGAAGCUUUGUCUGCUCCUGGUGCACGUGUGCAAAACCUGGAAAUUUUUCAAGUUGCAGGUGCCUUAAGCACCGCUCCAGUGGAACAAAAACAGGAGUUGAUGAAGAAUGCGAUCUCUGGUUUUGGUCGGCUUCCAGCAACCCAACGUGCAGAGGUCCUGCGGUUUGCUGUUAGCACAGCUGCAGUGGCAGGUAGUUCACGCAGGGGAGACGUGGAUGAACUGACGAGGAACGUGGGCGUCCUCGUGAAGGAGGCCAAGAUAGAUCAAAUGCCACCAGCAGAAAAACGACAACUAGCUCAGGAGAUCCAGCAAGAUGCAGCAGAGCUGGUUCAACCACAACAAUUGAUUGAGGUUGUUGCAGAGCUGAAGCCUGAAGAGCGAGAGAGGAUGACCGAGGCGUUGAUUGAAGCAAAGCUUGUGCCCGAGGAGCACAAAGGAGUCCUUGAAGAAGCCAUGCGUCCUGGAGGGUCUGCUGACAAGCUUGUGGCAGCUUUGAAAAUGUGGACUUUGGUCGAAGAGUAUGCUUUGGCCAUUGUGGCCUUGCCAUUUUUGGAGUUGCUCCUGGCUUUGGUCUUCGGUGGACUUUCUUGUGAUUCAGGUCUUUCGGCAUGGUUGCGGGCAGAUGCAUGGUUUUCCUGCCUCAUGAUGGGUGGUGGCUGGUUUUGUCACCUUCAAAUGGCACCUGUUCUUCAGGCUGCACGGCAAGACCCACUGGCGCUUGCCCAACGCUGGCAGCAGCACCAGGACUUGCCAGUGAGCAGACGCCUGGAGCAGCUUGUUCCGGGUGUUGAGAUUGGCGCGUAUCAGCUGGGUGCUGUUGGUGCAGCCGCGGCUGUCAUCUUCCUUUUGAUCGGCUUGGCCAACACGAUUGUAGGCCUCAUGGAACUGCUGGGAACCCUCGUGAUGGGCUGCGCUAUAUUUGUCGUCCUCGUGAGCAUGUUCUUCAUAGCAGUGAGGUGUGCCACUUUCGUUGGUAUAUUGGCAGCGGCCAAAUACGUGCUGACUGAGAUGCAGGCUUUGGGUUUGGAUGGCUACACCUCUGAGGAUCCCCUUCUGCAUGGUGGCGCAUUCAACCGUGCCCCUCUCCAGCCAUGAAGCACUUGAAAGCACUUGGCCGGUUUCACUCGUAGCUUUACCUGUAGCUUCGAUCAAGCUACUUGAAGUUGCGGACGAGAAUGAAUGGCAAUCAAGAUCCAGAGCUUCCAAGUUGGAAUGCACUACACUAUGCUUUAAUUAGCUUUGCCCUCGCUGGCGUUCAUGAGCAGCCGUUCCAGCAAAAGACUUUGC